AUGCCGUCCAUUCUGUCCGAUGAGGACAAGCAAAUGGUCAAGCGCACCGUCCCUAAGUCUGGCAACAAGAUCCACGCCGUCGCCGUCGCCAAGCUGUAUAUCGCCUACCCCGACCGGCACCGAUGGACCUAUACGGGCCUGCAGGGUGCCGUCGUGCUGGCCAACGACCUGGUCGGCAAUACCUUCUGGCUCAAGAUGGUCGACAUAUCGCCCCAAACCAGAGGCGUCAUUUGGGACCAGGAGAUCUACGACCCCUUCUCCUACAACCAGGACCGCGUCUUCUUCCACACCUUUGAACUCGAGGACUGCCUGGCCGGCCUGUCCUUUGCCGACGAGAAGGAGGCCCGGACAUUCAAGAAGAAGCUCGACGACCGCGAGAAGAACGCCCACAAGAACACAAAGAGCAAGCCCUUUAGCGCGACCGUGGGCAGUAGUAUAACUUCAACAAACGGAAAGAGCGGUGGCCAUGGCCACGGUCUUUUGGGCGGUAUCUUUGGACACCGAAAUUCCUCCCACGCAGCUCCGCCCGCACAUUCCAUCAUUCCGCCCUCUGUCACCUCGCCCGUGCAAAGCAGCCAUUCCAACGCAACCAGCGCACGAAGCUCCGCGAUCGAUACGACAGACCCCUCAUGGCAGCCCUUGCUCAAGGAACUGUUGGCCAUGGGCAUCACAGAGGACCAGAUUGAAGAGAAUGCCGACUUCAUCAAACUGUAUAUUGAGCAGAGGAAGUCGGAAGAAAAGCUCAAAGACGAAAACCAGCGCCGAUCCAGGGCUCCUCCUCCGCCACCUCCGCCGGGUGCGCCCCUCAGUCCCCAGCACACAGGCGGCACAACCACAUCGAAACGCGGACCUCCGCCACAGCCCCCGCCAGCCAGACGCACGCGACACGAUGCAUCUGCCAACCGAACCUCGUCGCAAAGCCCAGCGCCGCACUCGCCAACUCGAGAAGCUACACCUCCCCCAGGACCACCUAAGCCAGUCUUCAGAGCGCCUCCGCCAAUUGCAGAAGCAGGCAAAUUUGCAAACCAGGCUCCUGCACCACCAAACCGAGCGCGAGCCUCGUCCAAUGCAGCGAACCCAGGACCUCCUCCACCGCCUCGGCCGCCAAAGACGCCCGUGCCCGACGAGGAGAGAUCAGGUGGAGCCAAGUUUGGCGUGCCUCCGCCUUUCACAGGCAAUCGCGUACCUUCAGGGCCACCACCACCUCCUCCAAGCCGAGGACCAGUACCACCACCUCCCCCAGCGAGAGAUAUUCCGUCAGCACCUCCGCCACCGCUCCCUCCAAAGACCUCAGCUGCACCAACUCCACCGCCGAUUCAUAACAUACCGCCUCCUCCGCCGCUACCACCGUCCGCUUCGCGUCCUGCACCUCCUCCGCCGUCAGGAGCAGCACCAGUUCCACCUCCGCUACCACCGACGUCCAAUGUUGCGCCUCCGCCUCCGCCGCCGCCGCCGCCCAUGCCAGGACGGUCGAUUCCACCCCCUCCACCAAUGCCCAGCGGUGGUGCACCGCCACCUCCGCCUAUGCCCAACAGCGGCGCACCACCGCCACCUCCAUUGCCCCCAAUGGGCGGACCCCCAGCACCACCGCCUCCUCCACCACCAGGCCCUGCACCACCAGGCGGUGCAUCUUUACCCAAGGUCCCAGCUGGCAGGGAUGGCUUAUUAGCAGAUAUUCGUGGAGGAGCAAGAUUGAAGAAGGUUUCGGAUUCAGAGAAGAAGGAUCGCAGUGGGGCAGCAGUGCCUGGGAAAGAGCCUCCAGGUGGUUCAGGAGGCGGCUCUGGCCCAGGUGGCGGAGAGGCUGGUCUAGCCAAUGCAUUGGCUAGUGCACUUGCGGCACGGAAGUCGAAAGUUAGUCACAGUGACGAUGAGUCGGACAAGGACGACUGGUAA